AUGGCAGGCAAGGGCCAUAGUGACGGAUAUUCCCAAAACAACAUUUAUUCGGUCUCACGCAGCCAAGGUGACAUAUUGACCCACGGUCGCCCAGAUCACGAUGUCUGGCAGGGAGAAUUGGACGGUGGAGUGGCCUGGAAAAACUUCGCACCUUCUGUCAGAUCGUUCAGAUCGUCCGAUAAACAGGCCCCCUUAAUCCCUCCACCACCACCUCCUCACUCGCCGCCAAGUGAGUCCACUGGCUCGCCGUCCAAUUCAAAAUGGGUUGUCGGCUCUGAGGCGUUAGUCAAGGUCACCACAAAGCGCAGAAAAAAGCCUGCAAUAUAUAAAUGCAAUUUCAACAAUUGUAAGCGAGACUUUACGACAAAGGCCAACCAAAAGCACCAUAAAAAUGCUCACCUAGGAAUCAAGCCAUACGGCUGUGUUCUCGGAUGUGGGAAGGACUUUGGCGUUGGGCAUGCGAUGAAGCGACAUCUCAAGACAUGCGUUAAAAACGUAUCCAAGCAGCCUUCUGACGACGUGCAACAGGGAGGCGUCGAGGAAAGUUUAUACCCCAUGUUACAAGUUUUCCCCUUGUCUACUCCUCACCCAGAUUCGAUGUGUUUUUCUGUUCAACUGGAGGUCACUUCCGACUGCCUGGGUCUAGAUGAAUACGACCUCACUUACAAGUGCCCCGACGACUUUUAG